AUUUUCGUUUUAAAAUACAAAAAUUGAAAUUGAAAUACGAGGCGUUUUUCUUUUUCAUGGUGAAAAACGGAUGAGCAAAAUUUAAAAAAUGAUUUGAUUUGCAUUUUAUAUUUCGAAUAACAAAAAGUAAAAUCACAAGAAAACAGAAAUGAAAAAAGGCCCGUUUAUUAUAUUCCGAGACCGGAUGUGGUCAUCUGGUCUCAUUUACAUGACAAACGUGUACCGACAGGCCCCUUUGGGUUGUGGCUAGUAGGGAUAGGCCAUCAGGGUCGCCAUCUUUGAUGUGGCAAAAACACAUAAAAGUGAACGGGAAGCUGCUCUCUUUGGCGAUUAAAAUAACAAUUACGUUUACGUUUCUUAACAGAUUGUAGUGGUUUAUCUACAUGGAAUAUAAAAACAAUAUGUUUUUAGUUACGUUUAAGCUUAACCAUCAAUACCUGCAACCGAAAUGUUUCUGUAUUACACAUAAAUCGUAAAGCCUUGAAAUCGGUUGAGAAAUUUAAAUUUUAUUGUUUUUUAUCCAGAAAACACACAGCUCCACCAGUCACUUGGUAUGUGUACCAAUGGAACUGUUACCAUGGUAGCGACUGUGACGUACGACCCAGCAGCCAAUGGACUACGCUUAAUGCCAAGCGCCAAAUUUGGACGGAGCUGUCGAACGUUAGAAAAAUAGAAUAAAGUACUAACAUAACAUUUCUGUGUGUAAUCGACUGUGAUAACGUUACAUGGACAUGGAGCAGUACGUCGUUUUCCGAAACAAUAAAAGAUUGUCUCUCAGGGAAGAAGACAUGACAGCAGAAAAACUUAGUCGCAUAUUUCAGGUCUCAACUCAUAGUCUAUACAUGACUGACGACACAAAUGUGGCCAUUUUUCCUGGAGCAUCAGGAAAUUUCAACACAUUCGACCUUACUCCAAGAGCUCAUUAUGAGAUUCACGGUGAGGAUGACACCUCACCAGCUACAACUAGCACAGGCCAACGUUUUACAUUCACGCGAAUGCCUGCGACUACUUCUAGUUCAACCGCACAGCGGACUGGCACAGCCCCCCCAAGAGCCACUGUCUCUAAAACAUGUCAAAGAUCAAUUUUCCUUGCUGAGGUGGUUGGUGGGAGGUUGAGCCCCAGCAGAAUGGUGGUGGUCCGGUUUUCAGAAUGUGAGGCUACCCUCCAGGGGAUCAUCGGAAAAGUGCAAGAUGCCAUUGGAAGUCAUGACCCCAUGGUAUUAACUGAUGCGCAGGGGAAUGCAAUUUUGGACUCAGAAGGUACAACAGGGUCACAAUACUGGAAACAAAAUGCGCGUAAGAUUCUUGCUGUACAAGAACAGGCUUUCCAGGAGUUGCAGAGAACAAAAAGGAGGAGAAUGAGCCGAAAAGAUGAAGAUGCUGCAGGCAUUGGAGAGAUUACUGAGAAAAUAGAAGAGCUUGUACUGGCAUCACAGAGCCUACCAGAUAUCACUGCAGCAGUCAAAGAGCUCACCAACCUGGCUGCAACUCAAAGAGUCAUCCUCACUCCUUCCCAGCUGCAGACCAUCAAGCAAGGGUUCUGCUGUGUUGUUUGUAUGAAGUUCAUCGAGGAGCCAGUCUUCACAGAGUGCUGCCGAAGCAUUAUUGGCUGCAAAACAUGUGUGGAACAGUGGCAGGAGACCUCUGUGCACUGCGCAAAAUGCAGAGGGAACACCGCAGGCAAUAACAUAUUCGAAAUUAAUGGUGUGUCAGAAGCAUUAGCUGUUCUGAGAUCUCUUUUUGAAGAGGAGUAA